AUGAAGAAGAUUGUAUUAAUGGUAAUAAAAUAAUGCAUAUAAUGUGCAGGUAUAGAGGCUGUUUAUGUAAGAGAUCAAAUAAUGCCUGAAUUCUUCAAAUAUUAUUGGAGCAAAAGAACAGCCACAGACAGAAGAAAUUACAGAUAAAUGGUUGAAACCACCUGUGAAAUAGCUGCUAAAGUGGGAGCAGCUGAAAUAUUAGAAAGAAUUGUAGGAGAUCUCAAAGAUGAAAAUGAAUCAUUUAGAAAGAUGGUUGUGGAAACUAUAGAAAAGUUUAUAAAUUAACUAGGAGUAUCAGAUAUCGAUUCGAAAUUGGAAAACAGAUUGAUGGAUGGAGUCUUAUGGGCAUUUAAUGAAUAACAAAGUGAAGAUACCUAAACAAUGUUGAGUGGAUUUGGAUCUAUAAUUAAUGCUUUUGGCAGUAGAUCUAAGCCUUAUUUCAGUUAAUUAGGUGGUGUUUUAUAAUGGAGAUUAUCUAAUAAAUCACCCAGAGUUAGAUAAUAAGCAGCUGAUUUGAUUGGUAAAAUUGCAGUUUGCAUGAAGAAUUGCUAAGAAGAAGCAAGAUUAGGAAGAUUAGGCUAGUUAUUAUUUGAAUGUCUAGGUGAAGAAUAUCCAGAAGUUCUAGGAUCUAUCUUAGGAGGAUUGAAGGCUAUAGUCAAUGUAAUAGGAAUGAAUAAGAUGUCACCUCCAAUCAAAGAUUUAUUGCCAAGAUUGACACCCAUCUUAAAAAAUAGACAUGAGAAGGUUUAAGAAAAUUGCAUUGAUUUAGUUGGUAGAAUUGCAGAUCGAGGACCAGAACACGUUUCUCCAAAAGAAUGGAUCAGAAUAUGUUUUGAUUUGUUAGAUUUAUUGAAGGCUCACAAAAAAGGGAUUAGAAGAGCAACUAUCAAUACUUUUGGUUAUAUUGCCAAAGCCAUAGGACCCUAAGAUGUUUUGUCUACUCUAUUAAAUAAUCUUAAAGUUUAAGAGAGAUAACUUCGUGUUUGUACUACUGUGGCAAUUGCUAUUGUAGCAGAAACAUGCGGUCCUUUUACUGUUUUGCCUGCUCUAAUGAAUGAGUAUAGAGUUAGAGAAUUAAAUGUGUAAAAUGGUGUUUUAAAGUCAUUAUCUUUUAUGUUUGAAUACAUAGGACCAACUGCGUAUUCUUAUAUUAAUUCAGUUAUUCCAUUAUUAAUUGAUGCUUUGACUGAUAGAGAUCUUGUUCAUAGAUAAACUGCCUCAUCAGCUGUUAAACAUUUAGCUCUUGGAGUCCAAUGCUUAGGAUGCGAAGAACAACUUAUGCAUUUAUUGAAUCAUGUUUGGCCAAACAUUUUUGAAACAUCGCCUCAUGUUAUCAAUGCUGUUAUGGAAGCCAUAGAAGGAAUGAGAGUCAGUCUUGGACCAGGCAAUAUUCUACUUUAUGCAUUAUAAGGCCUGUAUCAUCCUGCAAGAAGAGUGAGAUUGAUUUAUUGGAGAAUAUACAACAUGAUUUAUGUUGGCAGUUCUGAUGCUUGUGUUGCAUUCUACCCGACCUUUCCUAAUGAUCAGUAUAAUUCUUAUGAGAAAUACGAAUUAAAUUUAACAUUAUGAGAGUUGAAAAUAUUUGAAAUCAUAUAUAUAAAUUAUCAUAACAUAUUAA